AACAUAUAAAUCAGAAUCCACUGUAUGUUUUUAAUUUAAUAAUGUAUUGCCAGUGUAAUUUUCGACAAUGCAUUACUAUUCUACGAUAAUACAAAUCAAUAAUUCAUACAGAUGUUGAUAAAAUAAAUUUACUAACAAAUAAGACGUUAAGUUUGGUGUGGAUUAUAUUUAAUGAGCCAAAUAAUUAAAAUACUCUCCUAGUCUUCACAACAAUGGUCUCUUUACUAAGAUUAAUUUUUUUUACAUUUUUUUGUGCAUUCGUUGCUAAUACGGCAGCAUCCAGGGUUAUUGAAUUAAGCGAUAGAUUCUUAGAUAUUUAUAAGGAUGGACAUUGGAUGGUGAUGAUGUAUGCGCCUUGGUGUGCUCAUUGCAAAAGACUGGAUCCUGUUUGGGCACAUGUGGCUCAACAUCUUUAUGCAACUUCCAUAAAAGUUGGCAGAGUUGAUUGUACAAGAUUUACAAAUGUGGCUCAAAAUUUCAAAAUACGUGGAUUUCCUACUAUUUUAUUUUUGAAAGGUGAUCAAUAUUUUACCUAUAAUGGCGAUAGAACAAAAGAAGAAAUAGUUAAAUUUGCAUUGAGAUUAAGUGGCCCACCCGUUCAAGAAAUAACAAAACGACAAAGUUUUAACACUAUAAAAAAUCAGCAUGACCUAUACUUUUUGUACGUCGGAGAAAAAUUUGGACCUUUAUGGAACUUAUAUCAUAAAACAGCUGAUGCAUUUCAACCUUAUGCAUUUUUUUAUGAAUCUCAUCCCCAUGUUGUCGGUAAUCAUGCACCAGUAGAAAAUACACCGGUUAUUUUUGUCUAUAAAGAGAACUCUCAUUACAAUUUUACUGCUCACAAUGAAAGUGAAAUAGAAGCAUUAAAUGAAACGUUGUAUACUUGGGUGAAUGCUGAACGUUUUCCAACAUUCCCAAAAGUAACACGGGGUAAUCUUCAUCAGUUGUUUAAGACUAAUAAAAAUCUCGUACUAGCGGUAGUGGAAGAAAAUGCUGUUGAAGAUGUUUCACCCGAUAUGUUGGAGUUUAGAGAUAUGGUGGAGUCAGUAAUUAAGAAAAAACGUGAAAAAUAUCACGAUCACUUCCAAUUCGGCUGGGUAGCAAACAGCGAAUUGAUCAACAGCAUUGCUAUGACAGAAAUGCCUCUACCCAGUUUAAUAGUAAUUAAUACAAAAACGAAUCAUCAUCACAUACCUGACGAUGAACCAGGAGAAUUAACAGCUCAAGCUAUUGAGAUGUUUUUGGAACAUAUACGCAAUGAUAGUGCACCACGAUACGGAGGAAACCAUAUACUAGUGCAAAUAUAUCGAUCAUGGUAUGAAACAAAAUCAACAUUGAUGUCAAUGUGGAAAGGCAAUCCUAUAUUGACGAUGGUAGUGUUCGGACUUCCAGCAUUAUUUUUUUCGUUAAUUUUAUAUGGAAUUUGCUGUCCAGAUAUUUUAGAUGCUGGAGAAGAAGAAGAAGAUGAAGAAGAUGAAGCAGAAAAAAGCCAUAUGAAGAAAGAUUAAAAACAAUGAAACACAUUUUUAAUAUAUUGCGUUUAAGUAAUGAAUUUUUGUGAAUACCUCAUGAAAAAAAUGAUUGCCAUGUACAUUAGUGACAAAUUUUAAGAAUUUGUCUUGUAUAUUAUUUAAAAUUACUUCGAUAAUUACUCCGAAUCGCAUAUGGUUCUGGUAAUAGCGUAGUGUUUGUUAAUAAUUGAGACAUUUAAUAGAGUUAUGCAUCUUUGGUAUGGAAUUUUCAGAGGACAAUACAAGCGACAUUGAAUUAUAUAAUUGAUAUUAUUAAUGUCAUUUAUAUUUAUAAAGAUAAACUUUGUUAGGCAUCAUUUUUAAAUUGAAAUUAAUUGUUUGGUGUGUGAGUGUGAUUUGAAAGAAUUAUUUAUUUCAAAAGCUUUAUUUAUGAAAAAUUAUUUAUUUAAUGAGCAUUCCAAUCAAUGUCAUUUUGGAAUUUUAUAGACAAGAAAAAGCAUUUAAAAGAUAAUUAUUAUUAAAUAAAUAUGGAAUAUUUAAAAAGUU